AACUUCGUUUUUGGGAAUCGAAGCGCAGUCAUGGCUCAGAAUGGUUCUUUCAAGAUAAUACUUGGAUCGUCUUCGUCUUCUCGGAAGCAAAUUUUGGCUGAGAUGGGCUAUGAUUUUACUGUCAAGACUGCUGACAUUGAUGAGAAGGAGAUUCGGAAGGACAAGCCUGAAGAGUUGGUUGUGGCUUUAGCUCACGCAAAAGCAGAUGCAAUUAUAUCAAGGCUUCAGAUUAGUGAAUUUAGAGAAGUGGAUGCUGAACCAACACUGUUGAUAACUGCUGACCAAGUUGUGGUUCAUGGAGGGAUGAUACGAGAAAAACCAGCUGACGCUGAUGAAGCACGAGAAUUUAUUAAAGGUUAUUCUGCCGGUCAUGCAUCAACAGUAGGAUCUGUUCUUGUUACCAACCUAAAAACCGGGAUCAGGAAAGACGGGUGGGACAAAGCUGAGAUAUAUUUUCACAAAAUACCCGAUGAAGUCAUCGAGAAUUUGAUCAAGGAAGGUGAUGUACUCUACGUCGCAGGGGGCUUGAUGGUGGAACAUCCCUUAACUUCGCCUUUUGUUGAAGCAGUGGUCGGUACGAUCGACAGUGUAAUGGGACUGCCGAAAGCUCUGACCGAAAAACUUAUUCAGGAGGCUUUGUAGUCAUGGACAUGAAGAUACAUGCAAAACUUGAUGUUCUUUUAGAAUCAGAGCAUUAAUCUAUUUGACUAUUUUGUGAUUACUGUUAUAUUUUUGGAUGAUAACUUUGCAAUCCAAUGCAAGUUUAGCUCUUGAACAACAAA